AAUGUUCUUGAUAAAAGUGGCCUUAUUUUGUUUGAUUUGUUAUUAGAAAAAUCAUUUAUACUGUUCAAAGGACAAAGGACUGUAAAUAUGAAGGGAAGUCGACUAAUUAAAGUUGACAUGCCAUUUAUUCCUCUCUCUCCACCGUGCCUUUAAUGUGUCUUCUUCAAUCUCAACUGCAAGUGACUUCUAUUGGUUUUCGAAAACGAGGCAUCAGACUCCAGCACAUCGUUAUCCUCUGACCAUCGCCUCAUCCCCGCCCCCCACACACCCCAAUCUGAACACCUCCUACUCUCACUUCCUUCAGUAACGUCCCAGCCAACCGGGAGUGUGCUCGCUGCUGGAAUAAAUUAAAUUGCAGCGGUAUGGGAAGUGCUACAGGAGGGAGGGAAAGAGAGAGAGAGGGGGAGAGAGCGAGAGAGAGAGAGAAAGCGCCGUGAAUGCCAUUCACACAUUCUGUGCGCUGGGAGUCCAGGCACCGUCAGCAGCGGCGUUAGAAGCAGCAGCAGCAGCAUCAGCAGCAGCUCUCCCGUGCGCCCUGCAUGCGCCCCGAGCCCGUCUCUCCAGUCAAGAGCAGAUAUGAGUUAGAGGGCAGCAGCAGCUAUAGCCGCGCUUCUCACACGCAGGGGUGGGGGUGUGUGUGUGUGUGUGUGUGUGUGUGUGGUCAUUUGGUCCCCUGUGCCUUCACCGAAUCCAAAAUAUACAACAAUUUAGUCUACCUGGAAGGGUUUGACUCCGUGCGCUCUUGAAGCAUCGCAUCGCCUGCGACUCAUUCCUUUGGAUUGGAUUGGAUUGGAUUGGACUUACAGUACCUACUGCGCAAUCGUCGGAGGCUCUCCGCUGGAAAUAUGCCACAGUGAGACAAAAAAAAAAAAAAAAAGAAGAAGAAGAGAGGGGUGUGUGUGUGUGUGUGUGUGCUCUGAGGAGGUUGGAUGUCAUCUUCGGUUUCGCUCCAGCUGCCCUACCUCUAAUUGUGCGUCUGUUUGCAUUUGUGGCGAAAGUCCUUCACGAGAAAAGUCAUUCUCAAAUGCCGUCCCGUCUGUGCGACGAGCCGAACCCAACUUCACGAUCCUAUCAGGGGAUUUUGCGGAGAUUAAUUCCGACAGGUCACGGAUCACAAUACUUACAGAAUAAGGACUCAUCUAGAGUGCAGGGAGAAUGAGGAGUCACCGGGGCCGGGGGAAGCAGCAUGAGUGGCCCGUGCAUCUCCAUUAGACUGACGGCCCUCAUGUUUCUAUGGAAGUGGUUGACACUAAGCCUGCUCCAGAGCUGGGUGUCAGUAGGGGCCGGGGCGGCCGACCACGCCGGGGCUGGCUUCAGUGGCUCCGCCGGGCCCCUUGGCUGGCUCCUGUCGGACAAGGGUCCUUUUCAGCGCUCACAGGAGUUUGUUGAUUUCACAGAGCGCUACCAGCAAGGAUUCACCACCAAGUACAAGAUAUACAGGGAGUUUGGCCGCUGGAAGGUGAACAGCUUGGCCCUUGAGAGACAAGAGAACAAUGGCUUUUCUUUGCCGCUGGACCCCGACUUCCUCCAGACCAUUAGGCAGCUGGGCAGGAGGCCCAGUCUCGGCGCCAUCACUGACAACAUCAUCAGGAAAUACGGAACCCACUUCCUGCUCUCUGCUACACUGGGAGGGGAAGAGUCAUUAAUGAUCUUUGUGGACAAGCGGAAGUUGAGUCGGACGGCUGAAGUGAGCGAAUCCAAUGGCACAGCUGUGACUCUGGAAGCUCUGCACCAGCUGGCCGCCUCCUACUUCAUCGACAGGGAGAGCACCCUGCACAAGCUGCACCACAUCCAGAUCGCCUCCACUGCCAUCAAGGUGACCGAAACAAGGACGGGCCCUCUUGGAUGCAGUAACUAUGACAACCUCGACUCUGUCAGCUCCGUUUUGGUUCAGAGCCCUGAAAACAAGAUUCAUUUGCAAGGCCUGCAGGCCGUACUGCCAGAGUAUCUGAGGGGCAGGUUCGUGCAGGCAGCACUCAGCUACAUCGGCUGUAAUGAGGAGGGCCAGUUUGUGUGCCGGGACAAUGACUGCUGGUGCCAGUGCGCCGUGGACUACCCACAGUGUAAUUGCCCUGAGGUGGAUCUGAGGGCUAUGGAAGCCAGUUUACUGCAAAUCCGAGAUUCCUGGAAUAUGGCCAACCAAGACUUUGAGGAGUCAGAUGAGUUUCAGAACUUCGUUCGGAGGCUUCCCACGUUCUACGCCCUGAACACGUCCGCCAUCCAGUACUUCUGGACCAUGGAGCCGGCCGUUCACCAGCGCUACAAACAGCUGGAGCUCAACACCCAGCAGCUCCUGAGCAAAGCGCGGCGCAUCGUCAACAAGCUUUUCACCCUCAGCAAGAGGUGUCGAACUCAGCCCAAAAUUGUUAUGCUGAGGGAGAGGCCCUUCAGCUACUGGCUACACUACAUCCUCUCCAUCAUGUACUGCAGCGAGAACAACCACAUCGGCUCCUACCUAGAGGAGACCCGCAGCUGCUCCUGCCCCUACGAGCACCCGCCCUGCCAGGGUGUGAUCCCCUGCACGGUGGGCGAGGGCACCUCCUGCGCCUCCUGCUCCUACGAGAACCGCUCCCGCUGCGCCACCUGCAACCAGGGCUACAUGCUGAGCCAGGGCGUGUGCCGCAACGAGGUGCCGGACUCCACUGACCACUACAUCGGCUUCGAGACGGACCUGCAGGACCUGGAGCUGCGCUACCUUCUGCAGAAACGCGACAACCGCAUCAGCAUCCACGGGAUCUUCGUCAGCAACGACGUCAGGCUGAAUAACUGGUUUGACCCGUCGUGGAGGAAGAGGAUGCUGCUGACGCUGAAAAGUAAUAAAUACAAGUCAAACCAUGUCCACAUGCUCCUGGGGAUGUCUCUACAGAUCUGCCUUACCAAGAACAGCACUCUGGACCCCAUGCUGUCUGUGUAUAUCAAUCCGUUUGGGGGAAGCCACUCGGAGAGUUGGAUCAUGCCCAUUGACCAGAACAACUACCCAGACUGGGAGAGGACUAAAUUAGACCUUCCCUAUGACUGUUAUAAUUGGACUUUGACUUUGGGCAACAAGUGGAAAACAUUUUUUGAGACAGUCCACUUUUAUCUACGGAGCCGGAUCAGGGGGCCCUCGACUAACGGAAAUGGGACUGUAUAUUAUGAACCAUUGGAGUACCUGGAACCGGGGCGAAAUCUAGGCUACAUGAAGAUCAACAGCAUCCAGGUGUAUGGCUAUAGUAUGCACUUUGACCCGGAAGCGAUCCAGGACUUGAUUUUACAGCUGGACUACCCGUACACUCAGGGAUCGCAGGACUCGGCCCUGCUGCAGCUGCUGGAGAUCCGGGACCGGGUCAACAGGCUUUCUCCGCCCGGAGCUCAACCUCUGGACCUCUUCUCCUGUCUGCUGCGGCACCGGCUCAAACUGUCCACCACGGACGUUGCCAGGAUCCAGGCGGCACUGCAGACUUUCACUGCCAAGCAGCCCAACUCGAUGGAAUACGAAACAACCAAAUUAUGUAGCUAAUAAGUGGGCUGGCAGCCAGGCGCACAGAUGGCAGAGCAGUUAUCAUACAGGCCUGAUGAUGGUUAAGAGCAAUUCUGGAGCCGUGCGAGGGGACAUUUGGGGGACUUUUUCGUUGUCGUCAUGGAUCUCAAGAGUGCGUUUGAGGUUCUCAUGUCAGCUUUUCGUAUAAAUUUGUACAUCGUAGAACUAAAGAGGAUUUCACCAAACUUGCCUCAUAGUUUUUUUCUUUUCACUCACUCUCUCUCUCUCUCUCUCUCUCUCUGUCUCUCUCUGUCUCUCCUGAUGAAAAUAAUAACUCUGACAGUUGAUAAUAUAAAUUGAAAAAGUCUGCCAUCACUGAUAUGUUGCCAAUGUGCUGACGUUUGUAGAUUGCACAAAUCUGAAUCACUCACAUAAGUAAACAAAAGCUUUUUGCCGAUGAAGUAUUAUCCAAGCAAAUGUAAUCAUCUCACAGUUAUUACCAUUUCUACACCAGCAUGUUUUUUUUUUCUUCCUGUUUUGUAUUUUUCUGAUCACAUUUAUCUUGCAGUUUUAACAUCACGGCCCUGCCUUUGAACCGGGGACAUGAUGGGCACCUCAUUGUUUUUAGCUCUCCAUACAACAACAAACUCACUCCUUUUUUUUUUUUUAAAAGACUCUACUACACAUUUUGUAAGAAAUACAAAGUGAACAAAUAGAUGCUGUAUUAUUCCAAAUUUGCCGAGAAAAAAAAAAAAUGACACCAUUAUCACAGUAUAUGUUACAUGUGCUUUUAUUUUUAUAAUGCUGUUGUUUGUGAAGCAAAAGUUACAAAAACACUGUCUAUAAAAUGUAUAAUACAAUUUGUUAAUACAGUAAAUAAAAUACAUUUUUAUGUGUGGUCUAUA